AGUUGAGCAAAAAAUCAGGGAAGAAUGAAGGACGAAAAGGGAAACAAGGGAGAGGAACUCGCGUCCGGCAUUGCCACGAGCUCGCAGCAGCUUGCUGCAACUCAAGCGGCCUGGCCGCAACCGCGGGCUCACGGUGGCCUAAGCCUCGGUCGUGAGCUCGAGACGGCCUGGCAACGAUCGCCACUCACGGCUGCCCCGCCGCGACCGCAAGCUUGCCUAAUGAGCUCGCCGAUCGCGCGGGCUAUUGACCGGCUAACACGGAAGGAAGUUGGUUCGUCGGAUUUGGCACCGGAGGAAACACUGGACGAAAGAAGAAGGUAAUUGUUGUUGGCUGCCCGGAUCUGACAUCGGAGUAAGGAAAUUGGCCUUUCCUUUCCAUUUAGACAAAGUAAAUGAAGAACACAAUGCCAAAUUUCGUACAAUCUUUAUCCUUUUUCUUCAUCUGACUGUCGGAAUAUACUGGGCAUGGAGGCGAAAUCAAACAAAAUGAUCGGCUGAGCUUGAUCCCAUGGUAGAAGGCGACGGUCAGGAUCAGUUAGAUGCUUUUUAUUUGUCUAUUUAAAGAAAUGGGUUAUGCAAUCAGCCGCCUUCAAUUUAUUGAUUAUUCUUGGUAUUAGUUUUUAAUUUAUUAAAUUCAUAUUUAUUUCCUGUGCUCGUCGUCCUUCUCCGACUCCGAUCGCUUCGCCAACUCCUCCGCCACGGCCAUGGCGUCCUCCUCUGCCUCUCUACCUGGGCUUGAAGCAGUGCAGGUGCUGGUUUCGUCCUUGGCCGACGAAUCGCCGGUCGUAAGAGAAUCAUCUCUGGCAUCCCUAAAAGAAAUCGCCCCUCUGAAUCCUAUUUUAGUGAUCGAUUGCUGUGUCGCAAUCUCAAAAGGAGGGCGCCGGCGUUUUGGUAAUAUGGCUGGAGUGUUCCUGGUAAUGGCGUGCGCUGUUCGGGCAAUGGAACAGAAGGAUGUCGAUUCUACAUAUAUGGUUAAACUUGCAAAGAUAGCUACCUCAGAGAUGAUCACCUCUAAGGAUUUUAAUGCUGAUUGGCAAAGGGCGGCAGCUGCUGUACUUGUCUCAAUUGGAUCCCAUGCGCCUGAAUUGAUGAUGGAGGAAGUUUUUCUCCAUUUAUCUGGACCUAACUUAGCUUCGCAAUCCAUGGUUCAGAUACUUGCGGACUUUGCUACGACUGAAGCUCUGAAAUUCUCUCCACAUUUGAAAGAUGUUUUUUUGCGUGUAUUACCUAUUCUUGGAAGUGUGCGGGAUGCCCAACGACCAGUUUUUGCAAAUGCAUUCAAAUGUUGGUGUCAGGCUGCUUGGCAAUAUGUUGGAGAUUUCCCUUCUAAUCCGCUUCUUGAUACUGAUGUCAUGUACGACUUUCUGCAGUAGAUGCUUUAGGGCAGAUGGUUGGUCUUAUUACCCGUUCACAGUUGAAGGCAGGGUUACCUAGGCUUAUCCCUACGAUCUUGGACUUAUACAGAAAAGAUCAAGAGAUUGCUUUUCUUGCCACACAGAGUUUGCACAAUCUUCUCACCGCUUGUCUCCUAUCUGAAAAUGGCCCUCCCCUACUUGAUUUUGAGGAACUUACUGUGAUCUUAUGCAGUCUUCUUCCAAUUUCUUGCAUCAACAACCAAACUCAUAGUUCAAAUUUUUCAUUGGGACUAAAGACUUAUAAUGAAAUUCAACAUUGUUUUCUUGUGAUUGGCUUGGUAUACCCUGAUGAUCUCUGUGCCUUCCUUCUGAAUAAAUGUCAAUCAAAUGAGGAACUACCAAUGAUUGGAGCACUCUGUGCAAUAAAGCAUUUACUUCCCAGGUUGUUGGAAGCUUGGCAUGGAAAAAGAUCAUCACUUAUUGAAGUCGUCAAAUUGUUGGUAGAUGAGCAAAGUUUAGGAGUUAGAAAAGCACUUACAGAGUUAAUUGUUGUCAUGGCUUCGCACUGUUACUUGAUUGGACCUCCGGCCCAACUUUUUGUGGAGUACUUUGUACGCCAUUGUGCUAUAUCAGAUCAUGAAAUAAGAAUGCACAAGGCUUCUGAGGAAACCUCUUCUAAAAGCAUCCCGUUCCAGGCAUUUCAGAAUAAGAAGGCAAUGAUUGAUCCAGUUAGUCCAUCUGAAUUAAGGGCAAUCUGUGGAAAAGGUCUCCUUUUACUAGCUAUCACCAUUCCUGAGAUGGAGCAUGUACUUUGGCCUUUCAUCUUGAGGAUGCUUUUGUCUAAAAAGUAUACUGGCGCAGUUGCAACAGUUUGCAAGUGCAUAACUGAGUUGGGUAGGCACAGAUCAUUCCAGACAAGUCCAUUGUCUUGUGAAUUCAACACUUCAAAUGAUAUUCCUAGCUCUGUGGAUCUAUUUGCUCGUUUAAUGGUGCUUAUGCAUGAUCCUUUUGCAAGGGAGCAACUGGCGACUCAAAUUCUGACGGUCUUGUGCUAUUUAGUACCUUUGUUCCCCAAGAACCUCAGUUUUCUUUGGCAUGAUGAGGUUCCAAAAAUGAAGGCAUAUAUAAGUGAUCUUGAUGAUCUGAGGCAGGAUUUGUCUUAUCAAGAGACUUGGGAUGACAUGAUAGUCAAUUUUUUAGCUGUAUCUUUGGAUGUUGUCCAAGACAAUGAAUGGAUCAUUUCUUUGGGCAAUGCUUUUGCAAGACAGUAUGCCCUUUAUGAUGAUGAUGAUGAGCAUUUGGCUCUCCUUCAUAGAUGUCUUGGAAUGCUUCUUCAAAAAGUUGAUGAUAGGAUAUAUGUUCAUGGAAAGAUAGAGUGGAUGUAUGAUCGUGCAAACAUCUCUGUCCCUGUAAAUAGGCUUGGACUUGCUAAAGGGAUGGGACUGAUUGCUGCUUCUCAUCUCGAUACUGUUUUGGAAAAGUUAAAGCUUAUUUUAGACAAUGUUGGACAUAGCAGAUUCCAAAGGAUUUUGUCCUACUUUUUUGGUAAAGUUUUGGAGGAUGCAGAUGAUACAUAUGCAGCUUUAGCACUAAUGUAUGGUUAUGCUGCUAGAUAUGCUCCUUCAACAGUCAUUGAGGCUAGAAUAAAUGCACUAGUGGGAACCAAUAUGCUUUCACGUCUUCUUCAUGUUCAGCAUCCUACUGCAAAGCAAGCUGUUAUAACUGCAAUUGAUCUAUUAGGUCGUGCUGUCAUCAAUGCUGCUGAAAUGGGCAUUUCAUUCCCUUUGAAACGGAGAGAUCAAAUGCUUGAUUAUGUCCUGACAUUGAUGGGAAGAGAUGAGAAUGAGGGGUUGGUUGAUUCAAGUACUGAGCAUCUUCAUACUCAGAGUCUUGCUUUGAGUGCAUGUAAGACUUUGGUUUUAGUGGAGCCAAGAUUGCCAGUUGAAGCCAGAAACCGUGUUCUGAAGGCAACUUUAGGUUUUUUUGCUUUAUCAAGUGAUCCUUCAGAUAUUAUCAGUCCACUUGUGGACAAUCUAAUUUCUUUGUUGUGUGCUAUUCUUUCGACCAGUGGUGAAGAUGGGCGGAGUCGAGCCGAUCAGUUGCUGCAUAUUCUUAGACAGGUAGAUUCAUUUGUUUCAUCUUCUGUGGAGCACCAAAGAAGAAGAGGUUGUACUGCUGUGUAUGAACUGCUUCUAAAAUUCCGAAACCUUUUUUCUGGAGGAGUUUGUGGUCUAGGCUGCCAUUCAAGUUGUACUCACAGUAAACAGAUUGACAUAGCGACACAAAGAAAAUUUCCCAAUUUACCAUCUGCAUUUGUAUUGCCGAGUCGGAACUAUCUAAGCCUGGGUGAAAGAGUAAUGACUUAUCUUCCACGAUGUGCAGAUACAAGCUCUGAAGUUCGAAAAUUAGCAGCUCAGAUUCUUGGUCUAUUAUUCAGCAUGGCAUUAUCACUUCCAAAACUGGCAGCAUCUGUCGAUUAUAGCGAUAUUGAAGUUUCAUACAGUGCCUUGUCCUCUCUUGAAGAUGUUAUUUCCAUUUUAAGAAGGGAUGCAUCUAUAGAUCAGUCUGAAACUUUCAAUAGGGUUAUUUCAUCUGUUUGUGUUCUGCUAAUGAGAGAUGAGCUAGUUAUCUCAUUGAACACAUGCACCUCGGCUAUUUGUGACAAGAUUAAGCAAUCAGCAGACGGUGCUAUUCAGGCUGUCACUGAUUUCAUCACUAAGCGAGGCAAUGAAUUGCAUGAAUUGGAUAUUUCAAGGACAACACAAUCUUUGCUUUCAGCAACUGUCACCACAACUGAUAAACAUACACGCCAGGAAGUACUGAAUGCUAUAUCAUGCUUGGCGGAGAGUACUAACUCAAGCACUGUCUUCAAUGAAAUCUUGGCUGCUGCUGGAAGGGACAUAGCUAGUAAGGAUGUUUCCAGGAUUCGAGGUGGAUGGCCAAUGCAGGAUGCAUUUGUUGCAUUCUCCCAGCAUCCUGUCCUUUCAUAUUCAUUUCUGGAGUAUGUUGUUUCUGUUCUUGAUACACCUCUUCCUAAGACUGAUAUAGAUAAAGGACAGCAUUCUAAUCACUCUAUUGAAGCUCAAAAUGAUUGCCAGUUUCAGCAAGCAGCCAUUCUUGCUAUCACUGCAUUUUUCAGAGGUGGUGGGAAAACUGGAAAAAGGGCAGUUGAGCAAAGUUAUUCAACUGCCUUCUCUGUGCUUACACUGCAGCUUGGAAGUUGCCAUGGGCUUGCUGGUCUUGGCCAACUUGAACCAUUGCGACGGCUGCUAUUAGCAUUUCAGUCAUUCUGUGAUUGUGCUGGAGACAUUGAGAUGGGAAAGAUAUUGGCUAGAGAUGGAGAAAACAAGGACAAAGAGAAGUUGAUUGAUUUGAUUCAGGAGGUUGCUUCAUGUACCUCCAUGAAAAGGCCUAAAGAGGUUUCACCAAUAAGCAUGAUCUUGAGUAAAGCAUUAAAUAGGCAUCAAAGGUUUCAAAGGGAAGCUGCUGCUGCUGCUUUAUCAGAAUUUAUCCGUCAUAGUGACGGAUUGUCUUCUGUGUUGGAACACGUUGUAGAAGUAAUGUGCUUGCAUGUUUCCGAUGAAUCACCGAUUGUGAGAAGCCUUUGUUUGUGUGGACUUGUUCAGAUUCCAGAGAGUCACAUGCAUAACUAUAUUGCACAAGUUCUUGGAGUUAUUGUAGCUUUACUUGAAGACCCUGAUGAAUCUGUUCAAUUGACAGCAGUGCAAUGCCUGCUUAGUGUUCUCAACACAGCACCUGAAGAGGCUGUGAAUCACAUUUUAAUAAAUCUGUCUGUCCGACUGCGCAAUCUGCAGAUCUGCAUGAAUGAAAAAAUGCGUUCCAAAGCUUUUGCUGCCUAUGGAGCACUGAGCAAGUAUGCAAAGGGUUCGCAGCACCAGGCUUUUGUGGAGCAGGUUCAUGCUACCAUCCCUCGCCUCAUUCUCCAUCUUCAUGAUGAUGAUCUCAAUGUUCGUCAGGCAUGCAGGGUUACCCUUCGACAACUUGCACCCUUGAUCGAAGUCGAUGGCUUCUCCAACCUUUUUAACAAACAAGUUUUCAGUUCCGAAAGGAGAAGCGAUUAUGAGGAUUUCAUAAGAGAUUUUUCGAGGCAUGCCUAUCAACUCCUGUCUCCCAGAGUUAAUAGUUAUUUGGCAUCAUUGAUCCAGGCAUUUGAUUCGCCUUGGCCAGUGAUACAAGCAAAUGCAGUGUACUUCUCUAGUUGCUUGCUGUCACUCGCGGAAGAUCAACGUUCGUUGGCUCCAUACUGUUCACAGGCAUUGGGGGCAUUAGUGAACAAGAUGAGUAAAUCGACAGAUGCGACUGUCCGAGCAUCAUGCUCUUUUGCACUGGGUAUUUUGAUAAAGGCUUUCAACCCACUCGCUUCUGCAACACAACAACCAUUCGAUCGUGCUGACUCCAGUAGAAGUAAUGUUUUCGAAUAAGUUGCUAGAUUUCACAUCCCAUUGAAGUGACAAAGGUAAAGAAAGUAAAAAAACUCCGUGGCAGUUCUUCAGUUUACUCGAGUUCAAUAACUAGUCCAAAGUUUUUUUUUGUUGUAUAAUAUCCCUUUUGUUCAUGUGAUGUAUAGAUAUAGUUGCUUGGUAGUGUGUUAUACCAUUUAAUUUGUUCAUUCUGUAAAUUAAUGGUGUAUAUUCAUUAAUUUUCACUGGAAGGUUUGUUUUGAUAUAAUGUUUAAUUUUGGCUCUA